AUGGAGCGCACUGCGGGGAGCGAGGAGAGUGGAGGAGACGCAGUGACAGUGGAAUGCGUGAAAAGGAUCCCGGUGCCAAGACCUCCUUCCAUUGAGGAAUUUACCAUAGUGAAACCUAUUAGCCGUGGCGCCUUCGGGAAGGUGUAUCUCGGGCAGAAAGGCGGCAAGUUGUAUGCGGUGAAGGUUGUCAAAAAAGCAGAUAUGAUCAACAAAAAUAUGACACAUCAGGUGCAAGCCGAGAGGGACGCACUAGCACUAAGCAAAAGUCCUUUCAUUGUCCAUUUGUACUAUUCGCUACAGUCAGCAAAUAAUGUCUACUUGGUAAUGGAAUAUCUUAUUGGUGGAGAUGUCAAGUCUCUCUUACAUAUAUAUGGUUAUUUUGAUGUAGAGAUGGCCGUCAAAUAUAUUUCUGAAGUAGCCUUGGCUCUAGACUAUCUUCACAGACAUGGAAUCAUCCACAGAGAUUUGAAACCAGACAAUAUGCUUAUUUCUAAUGAAGGUCAUAUUAAGCUAACAGAUUUUGGCCUUUCCAAAGUUACUUUGAAUAGAGAUAUCAAUAUGAUGGAUAUCCUUACAACACCAUCAAUGGCUAAACCUAGACAAGAUUAUUCAAGAACCCCAGGACAGGUGUUAUCUCUCAUCAGCUCUUUGGGAUUUUACACACCAGUUGCAGAAAACAACAAAGACUCUGCAAAUAUUCUUUCAACCCAUGUAUCUGAAACAUCACAGCUUUCUCAAGGACUAAUUUGUCCUAUGUCUGUAGAUCACAAGGAUACUACUCCUUAUUGUAGCAAACUACUAAACUCAUGUCUUGAAACAGUUGCUGCCAAUCCUGGGAUGCCUGUGAAGUGCCUAACUUCCAAUCUCCUGCAAUCCAGGAGAAGGCUGGCUACGUCAAGUGCCAGCAGCCAGUCUCACACCUUUGCGUCCAGUGUGGAGUCUGAGUGCCACAGCAGUCCCACAUGGGAAAAAGAUUGCCAGGAAAGUGAUGAUGCACUGGGCUCUACAAUGAUGAGUUGGAAUAUAAUAGAAAAGCCUUUGUGUACAAAAUCUACCAAUGCCAUCGAGACCAAAGGUUUCAAUAAAAAGGAUCUUGAGUUAGCCCUUUCUCCCAUUCAUAACAGUGGUACCAUCCCUGCGACUGGAAACUCUUGUGUAAACCCUGCUAAAAAAUGCUUCCCUGGGGAAGUUUCUUGGGAAGCAAGAGAACUGGAUAUAAAUAACAUUAACAUGGCCACUGACAAAACACAGCCUGCUUUUCAUCCGUCAGAUCCAUGGGCUGUGGAUUCUGGUGAUAUGACUGAAGAGCACCUUGGGAAGAGAGGUUUUAAAAGAAAUUUUGAGUUAGUUGACUCUAGUCCUUGUCAGAAUAUUAUACAGAAUAAAAAAAAUUGUAUAGAGCUUAAGGGGAGUAAUGAAAUGAGUGAUGGUUGUAUAAAUCAAAGGACAGGCUUAACAACUGAAGUCCAAGACCUUAAGCUAUCAGUAUGUAGAGGUCAGCAAAAUGACUGUGCUAAUAAGGAGAACCUGGUCAAUUCUUUCAUUGAUAAACAACAAACACCAGAAAAAUCACCUAUCCCAAUGAUAGCAAAAAACCUUAUGUGUGAACUAGAUGAAGAUUGUGACAAGAAUAGUAAGAAGGAGCACUUAAAUUCUAGUUUUCUAUGUUCUGAUGAUGAGAGAGCUUCUAAAAGUAUUUGUAUGGACUCCGAUUCAUCUUUUCCAGGAAUUUCUAUAAUGGAAAGUUCUUUAGAAAGGCAGUCCUUAGAUCCAGAUAAAAGCAUCAAAGAAUCCUCUUUUGAAGAAUCAAACAUUGAAGUUCUACUUACGGUAUCACCCAGCUGGCAAGAAAGUACCUUGGCAAAAAGUGAUGAGAAUCCUGCUGUCCAAGGCAGUAGCCAAAAAAUAUUAGCUCCAUCUUCGGAAGUGUUGAAAACAUUAACCGUAUCUAAAAGAAAUGCUGUAGCUUUUCGAAGUUUUAACAGUCCUAUUAAUGCAUCCAGUAACUCAGAACCAUCCAAAAUGAGCAUUACCUCUUUAGACGCAAUGGAUAUUUCCUGUGUUUAUAGUGAUUCAUAUCCCAUGGCUAUAACCCCUACUCAAAAAGGAACAUCCUAUAUGCCAUAUCAGCAUACCCCAAAUCAGAUCAAAUCAGGAACUCCAUACCGAACUCCAAAGAGUGUGAGGCGAGGGGCAGCCCCAGUGGAUGAUGGACGAAUUCUUGGAACCCCAGACUACCUUGCACCUGAGCUGUUACUGGGCAGGGCCCAUGGAUUUCAGACUUCUGGUCCUGCAGUAGACUGGUGGGCACUUGGAGUUUGCUUGUUUGAAUUUCUAACAGGAAUUCCUCCUUUCAAUGAUGAAACACCACAACAAGUAUUCCAGAAUAUUCUGAAAAGAGAUAUCCCAUGGCCUGAAGGUGAAGAAAAGUUAUCUGAUAAUGCUCAAAAUGCAGUAGAAAUACUUCUAACUAUUGAUAAUACAAAGAGAGCUGGAAUGAAAGAGCUAAAAUGUCAUCCUCUCUUCAGUGAUGUGGACUGGGAAAAUCUGCAGCAUCAAACUAUGCCUUUCAUACCCCAACCAGAUGGUGAAACAGAUACAUCCUAUUUUGAAGCCAGGAAUAAUGCUCAGCACCUGACUGUAUCUGGAUUUAGCCUAUAG